UCUAAUGAUUGUAGCUUAGCAGCGGUCGGCUAGCAUUAACUAGGCAGGUAGCUUGAUUUUCAGGAGGCAUUUUGUAGAACUUGCAUAACAUUCAAAGUCCUCAAAAGUGCACAGCUGCUCCGAUCACCAGGUUGCGACACGUUAGUGCAAACAUGACCAAGCACGAGUUUGAGGUGGCCAUGACGUGUGAGGGAUGCUCAGGAGCUGUCACCAGAGUUCUCAACAAGCUGGGAGAUGUAAAGUUUGAGAUCGACCUGCCAAAGAAACUGGUUUGGAUCGAGUCAGACAAAGAUGUGGAUGUCCUCAUGGAGACGCUAAAAAAGUGUGGAAAAGAGGUCAAAUACAAUGGAACCAAGUGAAUGAAUCAGCUCCAUGCACAACAGGAAGUCCUUGCUGCUGGUAGAAAUGAAGAUUUGUUCCUGAACUCGAGUUAAUCACCUUCCCUAAGGAGUCCCUGUCGGUGCCAGUCUCAUCCAGCUCAAACACACAAAAAAACACCCCUUGGAUGCAGAUCUUUAAUCAUGAAAAACAAUCAUGAUUGUUUUCCAUAAAACACACACACACACAAAAUACCACAUCUUCCUCCUAAAUACUUGGCUGGCCUUUUAAAUUUCUCCACCUUCAUGUUCUAAUGAUGAUCUGUCCACGCUGGUGAUUUCCAUACUUGUUUAAUCGGAGAGAAGACUUCAGGUUUUAAUCUGAUGUCUUGGAUACGUAACAGGUGGGGGAUGAGGCAGGUUUGGUUGCUUUAUGUUCUUAAAUAUGAACUGAAGCUGAAUCAGAACCCACAGGACAAGCGGCUCGAGGUUGGAAGUGGAUAAAAAGAUGCUUGUUACUGAUUUGGGGGUAAAAUACCUUAAAGUUAAAAGAAAGCCUGUUAAAAUUCCUUUAGCUCAAUUUAAGCACAUUCCCAGGAUUCUUCUUAAACACAGGAAAACUACUGGAUGUGUCUGAACCUUGACUCACUGUUAUUGAGCAAAGUGAGUGUGUAGAUCUGCUCUAAGGGGACCAUCUGCUGGACUUCUCUUCAUUAUGGUUUACACUACAAAAUGCUACAUGUCACUCUUAUGGUGUUUAUUCAGAUUUUCUAAUGGAUAAUCAUGUUUUUAUUGUUGUGUUACAUUCUAUUUUGGUUAUUUUUGAGGUAAAAAGAUGACCACAUUUUCCAGGGUUUGUCAGAUUAACCAUCAGUAUUGGUAUGUUGUCUGCACACAGGAAAUAAAAUCAAUUCUGCCUCACA